AUGCCUACUGGAGGCAGAGAGCCAAGCAACACUGGCUCAAGGAAGCGGAUGCUAAUACGAAGUUUUUCCACAGAUAAGGCACCAGGCCCGGAUGGAAUGAAUCCAGGGUUUUAUCAGAAGUUUUGGGAUGUGGUUGGGGGGGAUGUGGCAAGUUUCAUUGUGAAUUGUGUUGAAUCAUGUGAUUUCCCACCUGGAUUGACUGAUACAGAUAUUGUUUUGAUCCCUAAGAAAAACACUCCUGAAUUAGUGACUGACCUGCGGCCUAUAGCUCUCAGUAAUGUGGUUUACAGAAUAUUGGCAAAAGUGUUAUCUAACAGGAUGAAACCAUUGAUGGAGGAAUUAAUUUCGGAGUCACAAAGUGCCUUCAUCCCAGAUAGAUUAAUAACGGAUAAUAUCCUAUUGGCUGCGGAGGUGGGACAUUUUUUGAAUAGGAAGCAGUGUGGAGUGGGGGGUUGGAGUGCUCUUAAACUGGAUAUGGCAAAGGCAUAUGAUCGUGUGGAAUGGUCUUUCCUAAGGAAGAUGAUGCUGGCUUUGGGGUUUCAUGGUGGUUGGGUGGAGUUAAUUAUGAAGUGUGUAACCUCAGUCUCAUAUAAUAUUCUGGUGAAUGGCUCACGAUGUGAUCCUAUUGUGCCAACACGUGGUUUGAUGCAAGGAGAUCCUUUGUCCCCAUAUCUAUUCAUUAUUUGCGCAGAAGGACUGUCCCUAUUAUUACAGCAGGCACAUACUAUGGGGUCGUUACAUGGAUGCAGGGUAGCCAGAGGUGCUCCCCCAAUCUCUCACUUAUUCUUUGCGGAUGACAGCCUCUUAUUCUUUAAAGCAAAUGUGGAGGAAGCAAGUGAAGUCAAAAGAUGCCUAUCUGUGUAUGAGGAUCUGUCAGGGCAGGCAGUAAACUAUCAUAAGUCGAGUAUAUGCUAUAGUAAGAAUACAAGUAUGGCUGACAGGGAGAGUGUGGCUCAGAUACUGGGGGUGACACAGGCCCCAAAUUUUGGCAAAUACUUGGGACUCCCCUCUUUUAUUGGAAGGCACAAGAAAGCAGUUUUUGCUUAUAUUGAGGACAAAAUCCGCCAAAGGAUUGGAUCAUGGAAUAAAAAGCUGCUAACGCAGGCAGAAAGAACUAUGAACCGAUAUUGGUGGGAUUCUGGAACGGACAGGCGAAUACAUUGGAAGGCGUGGGAUAAGUUGUGUAUCCCGAAAAAAUAUGGAGGUUUGGGCUUUAAGGACUUACGUGCGUUUAAUCUGGCAAUGCUGGGAAAACAGGUAGGAAAUAACCCCAGCUUCUGCUGGCGAAGUAUUAUGGCAGCAAAGAGUAUAGUUUGUAGUGGGGUAAGGCGCAGAAUUGGUAACGGGGAGUCUACACUCAUAUGGGCUCACCCCUGGUUACAAGAUGAACAUGACCCUAUGAUACAAACAGAAAUGCCAGCACAACUACAGGAAGCCAGAGUGGCAGGUUUGAUUGAUCAACAAACUGGCACAUGGGAUCCCUCAAUUUUAACAGAUUUAUUCCAACCUAAUGAUGUGGAGAAUAUUAUGAGAAUACCUGUAUCCCCGGAUUAUUAUGACACUUGGUACUGGCAUGGAGACCCAAGGGGAAUAUAUUCUGUUAAAGAUGGAUACAGGCGAAUUGUUGGAAAUUAUCAGGAGGAUAAUGGGACAUUUGCCAAAUGGUUGAAACUUUGGAAGCUCAAAAUCCCCCCAAAGUGGAAAAUGCUACUCUGGAGAGCUAUUAGUGAUAUUUUGCCUACCACAACCAACUUACUUAUAAGGAGAGUGGAUGUGGAUCCACAUUGUGCUAUGUGUGGAAUGUUUCAAGAACACACAAUGCAUGCCCUAGUGUUGUGUGAGUUUGCAAGGAACAUUUGGGAACAAUCCAACCUUACGAUCCCUAGCAUUGACACAAAUAUUUUUCAUGUUUGGUUUGGUGAGCUUUUAAAUGUUCUAGACUCUGAUGGAAUAUUAUAUGCAGCAGCAAUUAUUUACAAUAUAUGGAGAGCAAGGAAUAUGGCGGUUUGGGAAGCAAAGUUACCACGACUAAUCACCAUACUCAGGAUUGCUGCUGCGGCCAAGGAGUCGUGGACCCGGGUGCACCCAACACCCGUAGCCCGUGCCGCCCCACUGCCGACCGAGCCACAAUUGGCGCAGGAAGCUGCCGAACUGAACCAAGGCCAUCCUCACACCACCGAGCCGCAGUUGCCCAAGAAGAUUUGUUAUGUCGACGCGGGAUUUUUGCCAGAGACAGGCCAAGCUGCGGGUGGAGCUGUUCUAGUGGACACAGGAGGAGCUUAUGUUUCGGCUCACGCCGGACCACUCCGGAAUUGUACCUCGCCGCUUAUGGCCGAGGCAUUAGCAUGCAAGGAGGCUCUAUCAUGGUUGAAGGAUCGGGGAGAACAAAAUGUCGAGAUAUACACGGAUUGUCUAACGCUACAUCGCUAUCUUACCACACCAACGGUUGCGUUACGUACGUACCUAGGCUAUGCCAUUAACAGCUGCAGGCUGACUGCAUCUUUAUUUCAGUCUUGUUCGUUUCGUUUAAUUUCUAGAUUAGAUAACUAUUUAGCUCAUGCUUUAGCUACUACAGCUUAUCAGCAACCUGCUGCUAUGUACUGGGAUUUACACCCACCAGAUAUUAUUUCGGCCUAUUUCUAA